GAUACUCACGACCAUGCUGGCGACAAGGAAUUUCUCCAGUAGAAACCUCCUCGCGAAGAAGAACGACGUGAAGGAAUCGUCGGACAGUAGCGCCACCAUCGAGGACGACGACGUCAAAGCUCGUAAACAGGACAUCAUCAGAAUGACGGAGCAGCUACUGGAUGCAAUCACGUCCGGUGACUACGAGGCAUACACAAAGAUUUGCGAUCCGAACCUGUCUUCGUUUGAGCCGGAAGCUCUCGGACAUCUCGUGGAAGGCAUGGAAUUUCACAAGUUCUACUUUGACAAUGUGCUUGGCAAGAACUGUAGAGCAAUCAACACGACCAUUCUCAACCCGCACGUUCACUUGUUAGGCGAGGACGCUGCCUGCAUCGCGUACAUCCGACUGACGCAGUUCGUCGACAGGAACGGGGUUCCGGUCACGCAGCAGUCUGAGGAAACUCGCAUCUGGCAUCGGAAAGACAACAAGUGGCAGAACGUUCACUUCCACCGAUCCGGCAGCGCUACCGUCAGCAGCAACUAGGCGGCGCCACCAUCGUCUGCCGCUGCGGAACAUUCGCCCGUCGGCGCGGCAACUAGGUGGCGCCACCCACGGCCUCCGCAUCCGUGGAGCGUUCUCUUGUCGACGUGACGGUUGGCGCCGCCCCAGCGGGGCAUCUCGGUGGCGCCCCCUGUGUCUGCCGCCGCCGCGACGAAGCGUUCCCGCGUGACUCGACCGUCGCAGACGCGCUUUUGUGGCGCCACCUAUUCCUGCUGACACGGCGACGUUUCCCCCAUUCAACGCGGCUGUUGAUGAUGCUUCGGCGGCGCCACCUACGUCAGUAAUCGCCACCUCUUCUUUGACGCGGUGGCGCCACGCGACAAGCAGACGCUCGACACCCCCUCCCUUCCACCGACUUGGCUUCUCACGAGGAGGAGAGGUGGGAGGGGGUGCAGGCCCGGCGGGUGGUCGUGCAUUGGUCGGUCGGUGGGAAGGAGGGAGGCAGGGAUGGAGGGUGGGGGUGUGUGGGAAGGCGCGGCGGUAGGUUUGUAGGCUUUUGUGCAAUGUCGUGUUUUUUUACAAACCGCCGCACCGUUGCCACGAGCGACGACGAUCAACCCCUCUUCGACCUUGAGUGAUGCUGUUUGACCUCGAUCGACCCUGAUCAACCUCGAUCGACCCUGAUCAACCUCGAUCGACCCUGUUUGACCUUGAUCGACCUUGAGCGACCCUGAUUAACCUUGGGGUGGAGGCAAUGUCGGAGCGGGGUUGGAUCGUCCGUGGCGCGUGCGAGGGUCGUGUGACUUGUCUUCGUGCAUACGUGUCCACGUUCGUUCAAUUCAUUUUUCUGCUUUUCAGCUUCUGUAUAGUCAAAAACAUAUAAUUUUACUUUAAAAACAUUUAGAUUGGCCCACUGUGUAAAAUUAUAUGACAACAAAUUUAUUUUUGUGCCAGAAAUGGCGGCCAUCUUGAAUUUUCAAGUGGCUAAUGGGCUUUUUGAAAAAAGUAGUUCCAAAGGAGUGUCCAUGAGAAUUUUGGUGCUUGCCUCACAAUUUGAACGAUUAUUUCACUUAUCUGCUGGACUGCAGUCCAGAUAUAUUGCGUCCAACCUUCUUUCUCGCAGCAGAUGCUGCCGGGAGCCCUGAUCGCAUGUGACGCUCCAUGUGACCUCUCUAGAGGAGAUGACUCAAAGGUCACGGCUUGCUACCAAUAGAAACGCGGUCCACCAAUGAGCUCUGGUAUAGCGUGAGUUCCCCCCAUGACGAGGUUAUCCCCCGUACGAUGUCUACAAGCGAAUAGAGGUCAAAUUCUCAUGCACCAAUGAAAUGCGCCACAGGCCCUGCUAGGCGUGCCUAUUCGUCCUUGGCAUGUAUAAAGGGUAAACUCUUGAUGGGGAGUAAAGAGUUUAUAUGAGAUGUUAUGCUACUGCGGCCGGUAUCGAGGCAGAGUAAAAUGACAUCUCCUAGAACAUGCUUACUCCACUAGAAACUGUUGCUAUACAGCGUUGCUAGGGACUUCAUCUAGAGACUGUUGCUACGCGUCGUUGUUAGAGACUUCUCCUAGAGACCGUUGCUAUGCGUCGUUGCUAGAGACUUCUCCUAGAGACCGUUGCUAUGCGUCGUUGCUAGAGACUUCUCCUAGAGACCGUUGCUAUGUGCCGUUGCUAGAGACU